AUGUCUAUCUUAUCCAUUGCAACUCGUAGAGCAGGUCUCCUAUCAGUUAAAUCUUCUUCGAUUGCAUCAACUUCAAUAAUCAAUAGAUUUGCAAGUUCAUCAACAACAAAAAAGAAUACUUCUGAUGUUGCUCAAAGUAGUCUAACGUGGAAAGAAUUCUUUCAAUUAAGAAAACAACAAAGAAGAAUUAACGUGGUUUCAUCUGGUUUUACGGCAUUAGUUGGUUGUAAUAUAUCAUGGGCUUAUUUAUCAAAUAUGGAAAUUGACCCAACUCAAAUGAUUAUGGGGUUUGAUCCUUUAGUUGUUGUAUCUGCUGGUUUAAUGGCAUCUGGUGCAUUAGGUUAUUUAUUUGGUCCUUUAAUUGGUACACAAGUAUUUAAUUUAAAAAAUAAUAAAACUUUAACUGAUUUUGGCUUAAAAAAUAAAGAAUUUUUAGAACAUAUUAUUAAAAAUAGAGUUGAUGCUUCUUCUCAAAGUUUUAGUAAUCCUGUCCCUGAUUAUUAUGGUGAAAAAAUUGGUUCUAUGAAAGAAUAUAGACAAUGGCUAAGAGAUUGCCAUUCUUAUGCUAGAAAAGCAAAAGAAUUUUUAUGA